UCUUCUCCGGUUGGACGGUCGGACAGAAGCAGCGACUCUUUCCCAUGGAUGUAUUAUAUAGCUCUUUCCGCGGAGCAGCGACUCUGAUCCGGGACGAGUCCUCGAGCUGAGCCGGGGCCGGUCACCAGGCUCCAGCACUCACCGGCGGUAGGACCCGGGCCUACAGACCCAGCGGACCCCGGGACCCGCGGACCCGCAGGAGCCGCCGCCGGACUCACACCAGGGGGGACGCUUGUUUUACCGGCCCGGGACAGCGGCGGCGGGCGGAGCGGCGGCUGUCCCGCUGCUCGGAGCCAUGAAUAAGCCCCAGCGGGUCCCGAGCAGCCGCUGCCUGAGCGCCGUGGAGGUGAAGAGCAAGUUCGGCGCUGAGUUCCGGCGGUUCUCCCUGGACCGGUCCAAGCCGGGCCGGUUCGAGGAGUUCUACGGGCUGCUGCAGCACGUGCACCGCAUCCCCAACGUGGAGCUGCUGGUGGGCUACGCCGACGUGCAGGGAGACCUGCUGCCCAUCAACAACGACGACAACUACGUCAAGGCCAUCUCCACGGCAACGCCGCUGCUGCGGCUGUUCCUGCAGCGCCGAGAGGAGGCAGACUACUCCUCCUUCGCCACCGACUCUCUGACCCGGAGGAAGACGACGGUUCUGUCGGCGGUUCUGCUGCGUCCGGACGGCGGCAGAAGGAAACCCCCGGUGAUCAUCAGCCUCCCGCGGGACUUCCGUCCCGUGUCGUCCAUCAUCGACGUGGACAUCCUGCCGGAGACGCACCGCCGCGUCCGGCUGUACAAGCACGGCCAGGAGCGUCCGCUGGGCUUCUACAUCCGCGACGGCGCCAGCGUGCGGGUGACGCCGGCCGGCCUGGAGAAGGUCCCGGGGAUCUUCAUCUCACGCCUGGUUCCUGGCGGCCUGGCCGAGGGAACCGGCCUGCUGGCCGUCAACGACGAGGUGCUGGAGGUCAACGGCAUCGCGGUGGCCGCGCGCAGCCUGGACCAGGUGACCGACAUGAUGAUCGCCAACAGCCACAACCUGAUCGUCACGGUGAAACCGGCCAACCAGCGCAACAACGUGGUGCGAGGGGGCGGGGCCACGGCGGGGGGCGGGGCCGGCGUUAGCGCCGCGCCGCCGCCGCCGCCGACACACAUCAUCCAGAACUUCCCGGCGUCGGCGGCGGAUUACAGCGACGAGGACGACGAGGAGGAGGACCUGGUGACGGAGGUGGGCGGGGAGGCCACGCCCAUCAGACACGCCCCCUACGACGCCGACGUGCCGCGCUACGAGCCGCACCUCAACCUGCGCGCCGCCGCCGCGGCGGAGCGCGAUGCUAACGGGCUGACGGCGAGCAGCAGCAGCGACGAGGCCACGCCCUCGGCCACGCCCACGGCCACGCCCUCCCCCGACCGGCGGAGCGAGGGGCGGAGCCUGGAGGAGGAGGGCACCGUCAUCACGCUCUAGACCAUGGGGGAGGGGGCGGGGUCACGACGGACCAGCUGAUCUCCCAUCAUGCACUGCUGCACCUAAGAAGCACAACGGUCAUCCCGACCUACGAAGGCCGACGCCCCCGACUCCGCCC